GAACCACAGUCCUUAGAUGUUAGCCUCCUGAGUCGGGUUACAGGCGUGAACCACCGGCGCCCCUCUUAUCUUUUUUCUUGCUUGAGCUGACGGGCUGGUUAGUUUCAGCCUUAGUUAAACCAAAAGGGGAAACACAGUCGGGGGGCGGGGGGGGGGGGGGGGGCUCUGAAGAAGGAUUUUGUGGCAGCCCGGCCUGCUAGAUCUCCAAGGAGAGGAAAAAGGAAAUGAAACCAGAGACAGAGGGAAGCUGAGCGAAAAUAGCCCUUCCCGAGAGAGGAGGAAGCCGGGGGACCGGGGGAGAGACGCGCGGUCCCCUCCCCGCCCCCAGGCCGCCGCCCCCUCUCGGCCCUCGCCGGGCGAGCGGCGCGCUGCGACCCCGCCAGAGGAAGCGCGGUGACUGUCCUUGAGCGCGGAGGGGCGAGCUCGCCACCGGAGCGCCCGAGCAAAAGGAGGCGCCGGAGCGGCGGCGCCCGAGCACCGGAGGGGGUCCGAGUCCCAGCCGCCGGUCAGCCCCGCGCCACAAAGGGAGCGCCCCCGCCGCCCGGCACCCCGCCGCCCUCCCCAAUGUCCUCGGCCAUCGAGAGGAAGAGCCUGGAUCCGUCCGAGGAGCCAGUAGAUGAGGUACUGCAGAUCCCCCCAUCUCUGCUGACAUGUGGAGGCUGCCAGCAGAACAUCGGGGAUCGCUACUUCCUGAAGGCCAUCGACCAGUACUGGCAUGAGGACUGCCUGAGCUGCGACCUCUGUGGCUGUCGCCUUGGCGAAGUGGGCCGGCGCCUCUACUACAAACUGGGCCGAAAGCUGUGCCGCAGAGACUACCUCAGGCUGUUUGGCCAAGAUGGUCUCUGUGCUUCCUGUGACAAGCGGAUCCGUGCCUAUGAGAUGACCAUGCGAGUGAAAGACAAAGUGUAUCAUUUGGAGUGCUUCAAAUGCGCUGCCUGUCAGAAGCAUUUCUGUGUUGGCGACCGAUACUUGCUCAUCAACUCUGACAUCGUGUGUGAACAGGACAUCUACGAGUGGACUAAGAUCAAUGGGAUGAUCUAGGCCAGAGUCCCUGAGCAUCUUUGCAGGGAGUGUCCCCUGAAGGCACUGUCACCAUAGGGUCUUCAUGCUUAGGCACUUUUGGAGACUUGAGGGUGGGGUAAGGUAUUUCUUAAGAGAUAGUGGACCUCUAUUGGGCACUAAGACAUAGCAAUUUAGUGACACCAUGGAAGGGUCAUCACUAAUGUGUGUGACAAAAGAAUCAGUCCUUAGAGAAAACGUGGUAGGAACUGCCAUUAUUAGUGGGAGAAAGGAAUAUAUGGGGGCCAGCUGGAACUGUGCCAUCAUGAUGGCAUUUCCCAUCUACAUGUAGGAGCUCUUUGUUAAGACUUGAUAGUCACUGAUGAGUACAAACUAGAGAUGUACAAUUGAUUUCUUUUCUUCCCACCUUCUGUAUACAGCCCUGUCCCAUCACUGUUCUCCACACAAGGAAGGACAGAGGAGAGUGACCAUCUUCCUGUCCUUGGUCUUAAGCUUUGGAUCUAAUGGAACUGCAUGGAGACACAUUUCAGUUGGGAAUGGAAAACACAUCUUUUAACCAAACAAAUAUUUAAAACAUGUCUGAUGAAUCACUGUAUUUAGAUACCUUCGUUUUGAGAUGAGGCGUUCCACAGAUUGUUUCUAUACAGAUGUAAAUCUAAAAAAAAAAAUCCCUCAAAAUUGUUCACCUAUUUUAUUAUCUUAGAUUAUAUCAAAGUAUUUGUUGUGUGUAGUAAAAAAAAAAAAAAAGACCGAAGACUUAAUAAAAAUGACUGACUGAAAUGCAACAUUGUUUAUUCAGUAAUGACUUCCCUUUGGGAAUCACAGGGAAAUGGUUUUUCUUUUUCUGUUAGUAGGGUGAAGUUACUAAGCAAUUUAUUUGUAGGUCAAAUAAAAACUUUCAUUUGUUGCAAAGGUUUAUAUGAGAUUUAUAUAGGUUUCUAUAUAGCUGGCAAUUAUAUAACAGGUCAUCAAGUAGUGUAGAGGGGUGUAGAAUAAUUAAAUUGUUAUUGUAAAAUGUG